GUCCUUCCACAGUGUGACAGAAAACAUGGCUGCGCUCUUGAGAUCAGCUCGGCUACUCAAGUUUUCGCCUUCGGGCUUGCUUCAGAUCACAGGCACCAAAAGAACCGGACCGCCAAUCGGUCGACUGUACAGCGGAGCUCUCCGCGGAAGCGAGGCCGGAGUGUGUUCCCGACAGACCGGCCGUGCAUCGGGAAACGUGUCCAGUCGUCUGGGGCCAUAUGCUGUUGGAUGUGUUCGUAACUAUGCUGUGGCCACGGAGCAGAAAGAGGAAGGCAGUACUGGGGUGCGGACCAAACAGGUGCAGCAAUUUGACUGGGCUCUUGCCAAGCUAGACAGCUCUGUGAGGAGAACUGGCCGCAUCACAAAGACCCUGCUGCUCCGCAUCUUCCAUGAUAUCUGCAGGACGGGUUAUCCCAGCGGUAAUCAGGCCUUGUUACUGCUGCGUAGCUGUGGCACCCUGCUGCCAGAGAUGCCUCUGCAGGAGCGCAGUGAGCUGGCCCACCAUAUUUGGGAGAAGCUGCAGGAGUUGGGUGCUCAGUAUGAUGUCAGCCACUACAAUGCCUUGCUCAAGGUUUACCUGCAGAACGAGUUCCAGUUUUCCCCCACCGACUUCCUUGCCAAGAUGGAGGCAUCCAACAUCCAGCCUAACAGAGUUACCUACCAGCGACUGAUAGCAGCCUACUGCCAAAAUGGAAACAUCGAGGGAGCCAGCACCAUACUGGGUUUCAUGAAGAGCAAAGAUUUACCAAUCACCGACGCUGUUUUCAACUCCCUGGUGACAGGCCAUGCCCGUGCAGGAGACAUCGAGAGUGCUAAGAACAUAUUUCCUGUGAUGAAGGGAGCAGGAAUUGAACCGGGUCCUGACACUUAUCUAUCACUUUUGAACGCCUAUGCUGAGAAGGGAGACCUAGACAGCCUAAAACAGACAAUGGAAGAAGCAGAGAGCGCAGACUGCAGUCUGAUGGACAGGGACAUCAUGCAGGUCAUCUACACUCUAGCCAAGGCCGGACACCAGCAGCACAUCCCGGAGAUGGUUGAGCGCUUGAGACAUGAGAGGGGUUAUGUUCCAGAUGCCAUGAACUUGUGUCUGAGACUCAUCACCCAGCAGUUGGAGGACACGGCCUUCUACAUCCUGAAGACUUUCCCAACGCUGCAGUCGGAGAGCUUCAGCGACGACUCGGCCAGCCUGGGCAACUUCUUCCUCAGACACUGUGUCAACAUAGGCAUGUCACUGGAGAAGUUGGGCAUCUUUUGCAAGGAGCUCGAGGAGUCCAAACUGCACAAUUCACCGCUCACCUUCUCUCUGUCCUGUGCUCUGGAUUCAAAGAUGACUGCUAGGUCUUUAGAACUGAUGAAGAUGUUGAAGGAGCAGGACUUUCCCAUAAGGCCGCACUACUUUUGGCCCCUUCUCACUCAGCAUGUGAAAGACAACAACGCAUCUGGUGUGAUCGAGGUGAUAAAGGGUAUGCAGGAUCUCGGUGUGUCCCCUGAUGUCGAAACCGUAACAAAGUACAUCCUCCCCGUCUUCCAAAACAUGGAAGCAGUCCGACAGGCAUUCCAGGAGGCGGGCAUCUCUUUGGAGUCAGAGAACUUCUGGUCUUUAGAGGUCCGCUCGAUGGCUGUUAACAACCUGGCCGAACUCUAUGCCAAAUUGUCGGAUCCUCUUUUCCCCUCGUUGGACCUCAGUGCUUUCCGCGGCAGCCUCAUCAUGGGCUUCAAAAAGUUUGACGAUGUGGAGAGCAUGGUGAAGAUUACUGAGCUCUUGUACAAAGAUGAACGCUUCGCCAAAGGAGAGCCAGCUGAAACGGUAUCCUACUUUUUGUACAAACUGAUCGACUCUAUGUCAGAGAGAGAGGUGCAGACGCAGGAAGAGAAAUUGAAGAACUACUUCAAUCAACUGCACACUAAGAAUAUAACCAUUCCACAGAACAUCUACAGAGGCAUCAGGAACCUGCUGGAGUUUUACAAUGUCCCAGAGCUCAUCAAGAAUAUCAACGUUUUAGUGGACCCUGCAAAUCGAGGCCCCAAUGGUAAUGUGCCGGCUCCUCCCCGUACUCCUAGAACUGACGGAAAGGUGUCGUCGCUUGAGAGUAAACUGGCUGAACUGAUAGCGGAGAACAAACCAAUAACGAGUGUUCUUAAACAAACCAUCCAAGCUCUCUGUGCUGAGGAGAACCUGCAGCGCGCCCUCGAGCUGAAGCAGCAGCACGAGACGAAUAUGUCUAUCGGGGCCUACGCCAGCCUCAUCGGCCUGUGCUGUCGCCUUGACAAUUUGGAGGAGGCGCUCAACCUGAAGAUGGAAAUGAGUCAGAUGGACUCAUCAAAAGCGCUGGAUGCUAAUAAAUACGUCGGACUGGUCAAAAGCCUCUGCAACAACGGCAGAGUGGAGGAGGCGGUGGACCUUCUGAAGGAGAUGAAAGAGAAGGACGUGGCAGUCAAUGACACACACGUCACCUUGCUCUUCCACAUGCUCAACAGUCUUGUGGCGAAAGGCAGCGCCCAAACAAUCCAACUACUGCUGGACACCAUCUUCACCCUCGGACUGGCCAAGCCCUCUGCCAAUCUGUGCUCAGUCCUGAUCACUGUCCACCUGGAACGUGACGACCUGGCCGGAGCUCUAGAAGCAAUGCUGGAGUGUCAGAAGCGCUACAAGCAACUGCCUCGCAUCCACGACGUCAUUGUUGGUCUGGUGGAGAAAGGAGACACGGCUCUGCUGCAGAAAGCCAUGGACUUUGUGAGUCAGGAGCGCGGAGAGAUGACCAUGCUGUAUGACCUAUUCUUUGCUUUCCUGCAGACGGGCCGCUACCGUGAAGCUCGCAAAAUCGUUGAGACCCCAGGGAUGAGGGCACGGCCAGGGCGCCUUCAGUGGUUUGCAGAGAAAUGCAUUUUAGGCAACCAGUUGGAGGCCUUGGAGCAUAUGGUGGACAUGACAGCCAAGCUGUUUGAGUGUGACAGAGACGAGAUGUACAGUUACGCCCUCCGUCUUUGUUAUAACACAAACAACUGGCAGAAGGCGGAAGCAUUGUGGACAAAGAUGCAGGAAGAUAACAUUAUUCCCAGAGAGAGAACCCUGCGUCUUCUGGCAGACAUCCUGAAGAACAACGGCCAGAAGGUGCCCUUCGAGGUGCCUGAGACGUGGUACCAAAAAGCUGCCGACACAAAGGAAGUCCAGCAACAGCAGACAGCACAAACCAAAGACCUUCCAACCCAAGCUGAAAAUGGUGCUGGGUACCAGGUCCAGCUGUUGACCCUGUGCAAAAAGGGCAAGGCCAAACAAGCCUAUGGGAUGCUGAAGGAUGCAGAUAAAAGGGGCAUGGCAUUCGGCCCUGCUCCUUAUGACUUCCUCAUCCGGGCCCUGUUGGCUGAGGGAGCCUUGGAGGAUGCUAUGGUAGUCAGGGACAUUGCUGUGGCUCGGGUGCCUGGCUUCCACCUCAGUGAUACCGCCAACACUUUGGUCAUCGUCACACAGAGUAAGAAAGGCCAGACUGGAGAUGCUCUUGAGACACUGAGGUCAAUGCUGCAGGCAGACCAAGUUCCCGGACAGCUCGCCAUCACCAGACUGACUCAGGCCCUUGGUAGCGAUGGCAAUCUGGCGGGGAUCAAGGAAGUGGAGUCCCUACUGAAGUCCCUCGGCACGUCUCUCAACCUGUCCAACAUGUUGUUUGUAAAUAACAAGGCCCUGGCACACAUCAAGAAUGGUGAUGUGGAGUCAGCCGUGGAGGAUUUGGAGGCAAUCUUCACAGAGCCAGACAACAAAAAGUUCAGUGUUUCAUUUGUCUUCAGGAGUGUCUUGAAAGAAGACAAUGACAAAGCCUUAGACAAAUUGAGUGCGAUGGCGGAGCGGCUAGCCAACCACUUUGCCUGCUACAGACCUGCAACAGACCUCUUCCUCCAGCUGGUGGAUAUGAACAAACUCGAGGAAGCAAAGUUCAUGCUGGCUCGCUGUAAUGCCGUGGCUGAUCAGAAGGACAUCCUGAUGUCCUACGUGAUGCGAAGGGCUCAGAGUCCUGGACAGGUGGGAAAGAUCAAUGCCCUGCUGAGCCUGAUUCCUGAUUUUGUAGAGAAGGAUAGCCUGUACCCAUACCUGAUGAAAUGUCAUGCUCUGGAUAAGGACUUACAGUCAGCCAAGACUCUGUACGAGCAGAUUCAGAAGGAAGGGGUGGUCCUAGAUGAGCUGUCACUCAAACGGCUGGCUGGGCUUUACCGCAGAAAUGGAGAGACGGUGCCCUUCUCUGAACCCCCUGAGACCUUUAAGUUUUAUGCAGCCAAGCUGAAAGACACCGCUGCCAAGGCCGAUGUGAGCGCAGAGAAAUAAAGAUGAAUCCUCGUCUCCUCUUACCUCAGUCCAAGACCGUGUUUCCUUCCUUCCUUCCUUCUGUCCUUUUUUUUUAUAUAAGUUGUUUGAGCUAGAACGUUGGGUAUAGUGUCAUAGCUGUAAGAUGUUUGAGUCUGUGCUCUGCUCCACUGAUAAUGUUAAUGAUGAGAAUGAUGUUGGGAAUGUACAGAAGUAUUUAUGCUAAUAAACGACUUAAGGAGUCCAAACUCUGCCACACCUGAA